AUGCACUGCCUCGUCCCCCGCCUUGCAUCGUCCCCGCUGCGGACUCUUCUUGGCCUGUCCCGCCCGGUGGCCGUCGGUCACCUUUCAUUCUUUAAUGUCUGGUUUGACCUCAGGCCCACGCGGGUCGGGCUGGGCAGCCGCGAGCUCCCGCCAGACCCGGCAGCCCCCGUCAGCCCCGCCAGCCCCCGGCAGUCCCCGUCAGCCCCCGGCAGCCCCGCCAGUCCCCGUCAGCCCCCGUCAGCCCCCGCCAGCCCCCGGCAGCCCCGCCAGUCCCCGUCAGCCCCCGCCAGCCCCCGGCAGCCCCGCCAGCCCCGCCAGCCCCGCCAGCCCCCGGCAGCCCCGCCAGUCCCCGUCAGCCCCGCCAGCCCCCGUCAGCCCCCGCCAGCCCCCGCCAGCCCCGCCAGCCCCGCCAGCCCCCGGCAGCCCCGCCAGCCCCCGUCAGCCCCGCCAGCCCCGCCAGCCCCGCCAGCCCCCGUCAGCCCCCGCCAGCCCCGCCAGCCCCGUCAGCCCCGCCAGUCCCCGGCAGCCCCCGCCAGUCCCCGUCAGCCCCGUCAGCCCCCGUCAGCCCCGUCAGCCCCCGCCAGCCCCGGCCAGCCCCCGCCAGCCCCCGUCAGCCCCCGUCAGCCCCGUCAGCCCCGCCAGUCCCCGGCAGCCCCCGCCAGCCCCGCCAGCCCCCGUCAGCCCCCGCCAGCCCCCGGCAGCCCCCGCCAGCCCCCGCCAGCCCCCGGCAGUCCCGCCAGCCCCCGCCAGCCCCCGGCAGCCCCCGCCAGCCCCCGCCAGUCCCGGCAGCCCCCGGCAGCCCCCGCCAGCCCCGUCAGCCCCCGCCAGCCCCCGCCAGCCCCGCCAGCCCCGCCAGCCCCGGCAGCCCCCGCCAGCCCCCGGCAGCCCCCGGCAGCCCCCGCCAGCCCCCGCCAGUCCCGCCAGCCCCGUCAGCCCCCGGCAGCCCCGCCAGCCCCGUCAGCCCCCGCCAGCCCCGUCAGCCCCCGCCAGCCCCGCCAGCCCCGCCAGCCCCGUCAGCCCCCGGCAGCCCCGCCAGCCCCGUCAGCCCCCGCCAGCCCCGCCAGCCCCGCCAGCCCCCGUCAGCCCCCGGCAGCCCCCGCCAGCCCCGUCAGCCCCCGGCAGCCCCCGCCAGCCCCGCCAGCCCCGUCAGCCCCCAGCAGCCCCCGCCAGCCCCGUCAGCCCCCGCCAGCCCCGCCAGCCCCGCCAGCCCCGUCAGCCCCCGGCAGCCCCGCCAGCCCCGUCAGCCCCCGGCAGCCCCGCCAGCCCCGUCAGCCCCCGGCAGCCCCGCCAGCCCCCGGCAGCCCCCGCCAGCCCCGCCAGCCCCGCCUCGGUUCGCCCGGUCGCCGUCCCGGCGUGCGGCUCCGGGCGUCGCUGCCCCUCACGGUCUUCCGUUGUCUUGGUUUUGACCCGGGCUCUUCAUCCCCCGGAUUGCAAUUGGGUUUCUUUUUCCCUCCGAUCUCGGGCCUCGACCUCGAGCAGGAAAAGCCUGAUUGGACGAAGCCGCAGACCCCGGAGGAGGAGCGCCAGCGGUUCCCUGCGCAGCGGCCCCUCUCAGGCCUGGACCGGGCCACCGCUCCGCGGCGAGCAGGGGCCAGGGUCAGCAGACCACGGGGUCUGAGUACGAGCCCUGGCACCGGCAUCUUCACGCCGGCUUUCCAGCGACCUUCCUGCCCUCCCUGA